GCUCGUGGCUCAAUCACAAUCUCCGGGCGGUGACGAGGUGACGGCUCUGGCUGAGGCUGCCGCAGUUGGCAAGCUUAGUCCUGUCAAGUGCGGGAUGGGGUCUCAGGAGCAGUGCCUGGGGGAGAAGCUGCUGCAGGAGGCCGAGGCCGAGCCAAAGCCCGGGGGCUCAGUGCGGGUCCUACAGAAGAGCAAUAGACAAGCACUGCCACUUUCCCAGAAAUUUUGUUUUGCUGUGGGAGGUGCUCCAUAUCAAAUGACAGGGACUGCUAUUGGGUUUUUCCUCCAGAUCUUCUUGCUGGAUGUGGUCCAGAUGGAGGCUUUCUAUGCAUCUCUGAUUAUCUUCAUUGGUCGAGUUUGGGAUGCCUUCACUGAUCCUAUUGUUGGGUUCCUUGUCAGCAAAAGCAGAAGAACAAGAUUUGGCAAGUUGCUUCCUUGGAUUAUGUUUUCCAUGCCAUUUGGAAUUGUUUCAUAUUUCCUGUUAUGGUUCAGUCCUUCUUAUACAAUGUCCUGGGAAUACAGUUUCGUCUGGUACCUUAUGACCUACUGUGCCUUUCAUACCUGCAUGAGUUGUUUCCAUGUACCCUAUUCGGCAUUAACCAUGUUUCUAGGUGGUGGUCAGCGCGACAGAGAUUCAGCUACAGCAUACCGAAUGGGAGUCGAAGUUGUGGCAACCCUGGCAGGAGCUGCUAUUCAGGGGCAGAUUGUAGGUGCCUAUCACAAGCAAACUGUAAAAACCUGUCGCUUGAUCCAGAAUGGGACAGCAGACAACGAUACUGUUCCACUAGUAAACAGCCUCAAUGACACGAAAUGGGCUUAUAUGCUGGCAGCAAUAGUGAUCGUUGGCCUUUACUUACUCUGUUCAUUGAUUCUGCUACUUGGAGUAAAGGAACAUGCAGGCUGUUACGCUGCCAAGGAACAUUUACGUGUGUCAUAUAGGACAGGUUUGAAGCUCGUAAUGACUCACAGACCAUACCUGAACCUAACCUUUGGCUUUCUGUGUGUCUCAUUAGCUUUUCAGCUCGUCCAGAAUAAUUUUGCUUUGUUUUGCACCCAUGCUGCUGGUCUAGGCAGUCACUUUCAGCACAUCAUCUUUGUAAUUUUGGUCUCUGCAACAAUUACAGUUCCAGUCUGGCAAUGGGUCUUGGUAAAAGUAGGAAAGAAAAUUGCACUCUUUGUAGGACUGAUCUGGUAUAUUCCACCGUUGAUCACUAUCGUUACAGUUAAUGGUAACCUGCCAGUUAUCAUCGUCAUGGCCAUUGCCACUGGUAUUAGUCUUGCUGUUGCUUUCUUGUUACCAUGGUCAAUGCUGCCAGAUGUAGUGGAUGAUUUUCGAGCAAGGAACCCUCGUUGCAUAGACCUGGAACCACUAUUCUACUCGUUCUAUGUGUUCUUCACUAAAUUUGCUGCAGGGGCUUCCCUUGGAUUUUCUACUUUGUGUUUGCACUUUUCAGGUUACAGACCAGGUUCCUGUGAGCACAUUCCAACUGUGGCAAAGACACUGAAGGUGUUGAUGGCACCGGUCCCAAUAACGCUGGUGAUCAUUGGUUUAAUAAUAUUCUAUUUUUAUCCAAUAAACGAAGCUCGAAGAAAGGAAUUAAAAGUGGAGCUUGAAGGAGUCGUAAAACACUGGGAGAUGGAACUUGAAGAGAAUACACUUUAAAGCAAAAUGAACACCCUUCAUAAGAUCUGUGACUUGUGCGGAUUCUGGCUUCAGAUGGGUUGAGAUGCAGAGUUCUUGGAAUACAGAUAUAAGGAUGACGGCUCACUAAAGUGUGUUUCCUUGUGUAAAUAACCACAUCUAGCUCAUCAGUGAGUUGUCACAGAGAGACGUGGAGACUGAAGUAGACCACAACAAACCAAACCUUGCCUCAUGACCCAUUAUGACCAAAACAACCUCAAACUAAAAAUAAAGGGAAUUUGUUUUUAGUUUUUUUAAUUAAAAACAUGUUUAUUAGUUUGUAUCAAACCAUGCACUAACUCAGUCUUCUCAUACAGCAGAAGUUUAUUAAGGGACCCCAGUGCUUUGGAUGAGAUGCAGAAGUUGAGAAUAUUUCUUUGACACUUAUUCUUUUUUUUAAACUUCUGCGUGCCACACUUGACAUUAUUGCAAAGGAAGCAAGUAUGAAAUGUAAUGUCAUAAAUGCAGGUUACAUUUUCAAUAUCUCAUUUAUAAAAGAUGGAUUUAAUAUAUAAUAUCAGUUAAACUGAGGCAUGUGCAAUAAAUGAAUUGAACUACAGAAGCCAACUGCAAAAAGAAAAAUCCCUAUAAUAGUGUGAAUUUUGCCUUGUAGUCUAUGGGAGAGAGGCCUUCAUCAUUGCUUAAGUGUUUCUCCAGUCAAACUUGUGUACAAGUAUAGGAAAAUAGUUUAUUAAUUUUUGCAGCCAGCAUUAAUAUAGAUUCAGUAAAAUAAUUUAAUCUAAUGCAUACUGCUCCAAAUGCCACUUAGUUUUGGUCAGAAUCAUUUGAAAACUAUUUGGGAGAGCAAUGACUGUGUUCAUGCUGUCAAAAGAACAGAAUUUCAAUCCUUUAGUGCUCUAGUCUUUGCUCUAAGCUGGUACAUGGAGGUUAAUGGUUGUUAAUUUUUUUAAGUAUUAAAUUAAAUACUUCUCAGAAAAAUGCCACUAUAUUUUUACACAAUACUAGAUAAAUGCACUGCAUAAAUGUGAACAAAUAUGAAAAUGUUAUAUUAAAAUAAGUAAAUGAGUAAUAGGAACAAGAAGGAUAUAUGUAAUUGGAUGUUUAUUUUUGGUGAUGUUAUGGGGUGUUUAGCAUUUUCUGAAAAUGAUUUAAGCUCUUGAUUUGAAGAAUGAGCCAUUCUGUUUUUGUUCUGAGGUCUAGUUGAUGGUGAAUCUGAGACUAUUCUGCUAUUAUUGAACUGAUCUUAAGAGGACUGAUGCAAUUCAUGCUGACAGCAGUUUCUUGGAAACGAACCAAAAUAUAACCACUUCCUACCAAGAUCUAUUACUAAAUUUAAAUACAAAGUGAAUUAAACUGCAUUCUGUACCAAUAUACAAAAUGACUUGAGAGGCUCAGUAAUUUUUUCAGUGCUUCUCCUAUGGUCUCAUUCAUCCUCUAAAUUUAAUUUUCAGGUAUGAACAGUGUAUUGUGAAUGAGAUCAAAACAAAUCCAACACAAACAACAUACAGAUGAUUAUCUGUUACAGACUUCAGUAAAUAAUCCUGAUACAGUUGCCCAACCUCUGGAUUCAAAUAGCGAAACAUUUGACAUUUCCAUAAAGAAAAUUACAAAAUGUAAAUGAUAUGUAAAAAGCAUUGUGACUUUAUGCAGGAAUGAGACCAUUGGCAGCUUCCAGUAAACAGUGUAAAUUAAAUGACAGUGGAGGACUUCUGUGUAUAGAAAUUAAAAAUCUUAUUAAUAGCAACAUAUCUUUCAAACAAAUGAUGAUCAUGAUUUCUGUUCUCCCCUGUUGUGCAUUCAAGCAUGCUCUUCUGCAAACCACUGUUGCAACAUGUAAUUAUUUAAGUUACUGUCGCCUUCCUUUCAGCUUUAACCAGACUGGCGAUUCUCCUCUAACCUCUUUCAUCAGCAGGGUGUUUUUGCCCACAGAACUGCCGCUCACAUGAUGUUUUAUUUGGUUUUCCACACCAUUCUCUGUAAACACGAGAAACUGUCAUAUGUGAAAAUGCCAGGAGGUCAGUUUCUCAGCUGAAACCACUCUAUCCGGCAACAACAAUCACUCCCUGGUUAAAGUCACUUAGAUCACGUUUCUUCCCCAUUCUGAUGUUUGGUCUGAACAACUGAACCUCUUAAUUAUGUCUGCAUGCUUUUAAGCACUGAAUUGCUGAUUAGAUAUUUGCAUUAGUGAGCAGGUGUACAGGUGCAUCUAUAAAGUGGCCACAGAGUGUAUGUUAGUAUUGAAUAUUUUUAGAAAGUAAUUUAUUGUAAAAUAUUUCUGAAACUUAGUUUGUAAAAUCUGUUGUAAGUUUAUAUCUUUUGUAUUCUCUGAUUACAUGACGUGAAUUUACUUUGCU